AGUUUGACACACAAUGUAAUAAUAGAGAGAAGGUGACAGAAGAGAAUGAUUUGGAAAGUGAAAAUGAAGAAAAUAUGGAAUCUGUAUUUAUGUUAGUUGAAAAUAAAAUAUUUGAAUCUUGGGAAGCUGCUAAUAA